UCAACAACAGAUUGUUCGUCCACAGAAAGAUCAAAGAUCAGGUCUGCCGAAUAAGCUGACAUGUCGGGAUUCACCGAGUGGGGCUUUCUCGUUCUGACUGUCACUGAGUUCAUUCUGGGAAUGCUGGGGAAUGGUUUCAUAGGGUUGGUCAAUGGCAGCAGCUGGUUCAAGAACAAGAGAAUCUCUUUGUCUGACUUCAUCAUCACUAACUUGGCUCUUUCCAGGAUUGUUCUGCUGUGCAUUCUCUUGGUUGAUGGUGUUUUAAUGGUGUUCUCUCCCAAACUACAUGAUGAGGGGAUAGUAAUGCAAAUUAUUGAUAUUUUCUGGACAUUUACAAACCAUCUAAGCAUUUGGCUUGCCACGUGUCUCAGUGUCUUCUACUGCUUGAAAGUUGCCAGUUUCUCCCAUCCUACAUUCCUCUGGCUCAAGUGGAGAGUUUCCAGGGUGGUUGUAUGGAUGCUGUUGAGUACCCUGCUCUUAUCAUGUGGCAGUGCCAUCUCUGUGAUCCGUGAAUUUAAGAUCUAUUUUGCUCUCAGUGGAAUCGAUGGAUCAGGCAACGUGACUGAGCUCGUUAGAAAGAAAAGAGAUGAGUAUAAACUCAUCCAUGUUCUUGGGACUCUGUGGAACCUCCCUCCCCUGAUGGUGUCUCUAGCCUCCUACUUUCUGCUCAUCCUCUCCCUGGGGAGGCACACGCGGCAGAUGCAGCAAAACUCUACCGGUUCCGGAGACCCAAGUACUUUGGCCCACAGGAGGGCCAUCAAAAUCAUCCUCUCCUUCCUCUUUCUCUUCCUACUUUACUUUCUUUCCUUUUCAAUUCUGUCAUCCAGUUAUUUUCUGCCAGCAACUAAGAUGAUUAUGAGGAUUGCAGAAGUGAUUACAAUGCUAUACCCUGCUGGCCACUCAUAUGUCCUCAUUCUGGGAAACAACAAGCUGAAGCAGAUGUUUGUGGAGAUGCUCUGGUGUGAGCCUGGUCAUCUGAAGCCUGGAUCCAAGGGGCGCUUUUCUCCAUAG